AUGACAAGUCAUUUGCUUGAGUGGAACCCCCACCUAAGUUCGAGCUCCAACAUUCACAAGUCCCUCAUUGGUAGCUUGUUGAGUACUGAGGUCCUACCGGAUCCAUAUGACGCUGGCUUUCAAGGUGGAAAACCUUGGGUAACAGGGUCUGAUUGCACUGACGUGAUAAUUGGUGCUAGACCCGAAUUCUCUCUCUCUCUCUCGUUGUCAUCGAAUCCCAAAUCCCCAACUGCUGCAUUCAGUGCCCGGAAGCCUCCUCCACGACUGACCCAUCAUCAAGGAUGGCAAGCUCUACCUCAUCUCAGCUCACGAACAGCUCUUGAAAAGCCGACCGGGGCUUUAGCUCUCUCUGUCUCCCAAAACCACAGAACUCGCCGAGUUGACUCGGACCCCAAAACCGGCCUCCGACUCGGUCCUCCCGAAGCCAUGCAAGUGCUCUCCAACACUCGCAGGCUCUCCAGAGUCCUCAAAUCUCCAAUCUUCAUCUUCUCCGAACGACUCCUCGCUCCCGACGCGCCCCUCGCCGAAGCUCCACGCGCUCGUCUCCAAUGGCGGAAGCUCCUCACCACUCUCUCUCCCCAACCCUCUGGCAUUACUCGAGGUUGUUGUCUUUCGCCGACGGAGCAACACUCGAUGAUGAUUUCGCUUACAGAACGAAAAGAAAACCACUCGAUUGACUCCACCCGGGUCCGUCGAUUACAGUCCGGCCGUUCCUCUCUCGGCGAGUUCGUCGCCGUCGCUUCUUACGACUCUCAUCCCUGGGACGGCGAGUUUCACCAGCUCAAUACUGACAUCGUCUUCUUCCGAGCUUCACAACCCGGAAAGCGUGUGGUGGUCUGUGAGCGCGGCGGGUUGUCCACCUGGUCCGGCGACUCCGUCAUCUACUUUCAUCGCUAA